AUGGAAGGGCUUCAGAGGGGCAGAUACGGAACGAUGGCUGAAGGCAGAGAGGAAGAUAACUGGUUUGCAACGUCCACCUCACUGAGGAUCGUCCUGGUGGGCAAGACAGGCGCUGGGAAGAGUGCCACAGGGAACAGCAUUCUCCGCCAGCCAGUGUUUGAGUCGAGGCUGGGGACCCAGCCCGUGACCAAAACCUGCCAGGGCGAGACAGGGACCUGGAACGGAAGGAAAAUCCUGGUAGUUGACACGCCCUCCAUCUUUGAGGCAGAGGCUCAGACCCAAGAGAUGCACAAGGACAUCGGGGACUGCUACCUGCUCUCUGCCCCGGGGCCCCAUGUACUGCUGCUGGUGACCCAGCUGGGGCGCUUCACUGCCCAGGACACGGUGGCCGUGAGGAGGGUGAAGGAGGUCUUCGGGGCAGGAGCCAUGAAGCACGUGGUGGUCCUCUUCACCCACAAGGAGGACCUGGACGGCGAGUCCUUGCACGAUUACAUCACACACACGGAAAACCAGAGCCUGAGGAGCCUGGUGGGGGAGUGUGGGAGGAGGUACUGUGGCUUCAACAACAUGGCCACCGGGGAGGAGCAGAAGGCGCAGCUGGUCGAGCUGAUGGCUGUGGUGGGGAGGCUGGAGAGGGAGAACGAGGGCGCCUUCCACAGCAAUGACCUCUUCUUUGAAGCCCAGAGGCUGCAGCGAGGAGGGGGCUGCGCCCGCGGGGAAGAGCACAGGCGCUACCUGGACAGGGUGCGGGCGCAGCUGGCAAAGCAAAGGCGACAGCUGAGAGACCCCAGGAGUAACUGGGCCUGCGGGGCGCUGCUCAGAGUCACAAGAUGGAUGUUUUCUUGCAGUGGGAUAACUGUUGUCCUCAUUAUAUGCAUUUUGAUUUUUCUUGCCACUUUAAUUAACUUGUGUAUUACUCAUGGACACUGAGCGUUUUCAGUGAUUUCCGCAAUCAGCUGACUUAUGUUUUCAGAGUCGCCAUCUCUGUGUCAGAU